AUGAAGGGGUCGGAGCGGCACAUGGCCAGGGGGCCACUGCAUAAGCAGCUGGAUUUGGAGAGGAAGCACGCCAAGCAGGCCGAGGCCAGGCUCAGCCAGCAUCUGCAGAGACUCGAGCAAGCCCACCUGUGCCACCUGAGGCUGCUGGCCUGGGAGCAGCGGCAGCUGCAGAAACAGCUGCAGAGGCUGCAGCAAGACCGCAAGGGCAAGUGCCCCUCCUCCCCCGGGAACCGAGUUCAGCAGAGACCAGGAGGCGCCCCCGUGUGCCCGCAGCAGGGAGGGGACCUCGGGGCCCCCCGGGCCACUGGAGCCAGAGCCCUGGCCACCAACACAGCCCAGGAAGCACAUGGGGCCCGGCCCCAGGGGCCUCCUUCCUGCCACGAUGGCCUCGAGGGCCCCACGAGAAGCAAAGAGCAGGCGCCGCCUCAAAGCCAGGUGACCUCCCCCCUCGCAGGGGAGAUGCCGCCCGACCCAGCCGCCGCCACCUGCUCCACAGCCCCUGGCCCCGGGGCCAGCCCAGCCGGUGACCGUGGCGGGGCCCUCGGCGAGGCCAGACCAGAGGCCACAGGCCUACAGCCCGACCUCUGCGCCAGGGAGCACGUGUCCCCGGGGGCCCCCUCCUUCCGCGAGGUGUUGGCAAGGGCCGCCAACGCCCACUACCUGCGGCACCGGGUACCCCCCGAGGCUGAGCGGCUGCUCAGCAUGGGGGAGAUAUUUGGGCACGGGGGUCCUGGGACCCAGCGCAGGGUGCCUGGAGGCCACCUCUCCGACCCUCCCGAGCCCUCAGAGUAA